AUGAAUUAUGAUAAGAGUACAAAUAGAAAAAAAAAAAAAAAGAAAUUAGGAAACGUAAAACGAGGAAAGAAAUUUAUAUGGUUUCGCCAAACAGUGCUCACACCCAUUACUCCCAUCACUCUUUUUCUUUGGGCCAGAUUUGAUCCUUUAAACCCUCCGGCGCUGCAGUGCAAUAUAACCAAUCGGCACCGGAGCCAAACUCCGUCAUGGCCUCCGCCAAACCUCUCGAUCUCGAGAUCACGAUAAUAUCUGCGAAGCACCUCCACAACGUUAACUGGAGAAACGGCGAUUUAAAGCCCUACGUCGUUUUCUACCUCGACUCAGACCACCGACUCGCCACGCGCUCCGACGACUCGGGCUCAACUCGCCCCAUUUGGAACGAGAGCUUCACGCUUCCGAUCACUCGCCCGAUCUACGACUCGGUCCUCACCAUCGACAUCUUCCACUUCAGUUCAUCCGAUGCACCCAAGCCGCUCGUUGGAUCGCUUAAGUUCCCCUUGACUCAGCUGGUCGACUCCGCCGAUUCUAACUCCGUCCGCACACUCGAGCUUCUCCGUUCGUCCGGCCGCCCGCAGGGGAAAAUCCGCAUCAAACUCGUUGUCAAGGAGCGCCAGCUGCAAGAUUAUCAAAGUACCCCUCGAGAUAGCUAUUAUUACACUACUGCCACUGUGUCUGUGCCUGUCUAUAGGGAGUACUCCCCUUACUCUGACAAUUCCUACCAUUAUGCAUCGCAACCGCCGCCGCCGCCGCCGCCACCGCCGUCACGACUAAUUUACAACCGAGAGUCCUACUACUACGGUGCACCAAGUAUUCCCUCUGCACCAGUUGAUAUUUCUCCAUGUGAAGAGCACAAGCCACCACCUCUCAGCUCCAACCAUGGUGGACCGUCUGCUCCUGUUGAUUACUCACCUUGUGACCAGAAGGAAUUUGAAGGACUAAGUAUGGGGAGAAACAACGUUGAGAAGGAGCAACUCACAUAGAGGUUCGAGGGCGAUUUUGCUGCGACACAGAGCUAUGGUUACAGUGAGUAUGAGCCGGCAUUGUUGAAUGACUAAAAGUCCUGAAAGCCCCCCAUUAUUAGGAACAAGGGGGACAGUCUUGAUUUAUGCUCCCUCUCAUGUGUGCUUCCAAUUCCAUACUCAUUUUCAUGAAGACAGAUUUCAAAAGGUUGCAAGGGGAUCAGAUGUAAUUUUUAUUUGAAACUUUCAUUUGAUUUGAAUUUUUUUUUUUACUUGGCAAAGACAUGGACGGCAAAUGGAUGAAUAGAAUUUAUUUGAUUUUGUUUUGUUUUGCUUCGAUACAAUCUUACAUUAUCUAAAUACUUAUAAUUAAUUUUUUUGGGUAAAAACUAGCGCUCCUUGUUUACUAGUUGACUAUUGGUCCAAUAAGGGCUCGUGAGUUCU